AUGCAUCUGCUGCUCUCAAUUGCGACCACGUUUGCCGCCCUUGUAUCCGUCCUCGCGCAAGUUCCUAUUCCAACAGCUCCCCUCGGCUUCACGUACGGCAAUGGGUCAGCUGAUGCGACGAAGCCCAUUUGGCCCUGA